CGUCUGGCACCCAAGGAUAUUCCAACCUGCUGUAAAGACUGGAAAGUGGGUUAUGGCAAUGAAGGAAGCCAAUGGCAAGUAGAGUGGCAUGAACAGACUGGGAGCGGGUCCAUUUAAGAAAAAGGCGAGAGAUGCUCUGGUGGAGCAUUUGAGUGUUAUGAACCCCGAAAGGAGCCUCUCGAACGUCAGUGCGUAUGCAGACCAGAAGCUCCACGAGAUGUACAAUGACAAAAUGUUGGAGUUUCGAGCGUCUUUCUACACACUCGAAACGACACCCUCUCGUGGCAUUGACUGGCGCAUGCCGCAACCUCUGUCGGGCGGUCAGCAUCCGGGAAGCGGUGGAGGAGGAGACGAAGGAGACGGCGGAGGUGACGGAGGAGACGGCUCACAAUUUGCCGGAAAGGGGUCAGGCGAAACAUCGUCGGAAGAAAAGGCGUCCAGCGGAAAGGGGUCAGGAGGAAAGGGGUCGGGCGGAAAGGGAUCGGGCGGGAAGGGGUUGGGAGGAAAGGGGUCGGGCGGAAGUGUAGAACGUCCGGGAGUCCCGAGUAUAGGGAAACUGACAGCCACUGCGUAGGGAGUCGAGAUUCCGACAUGCGAGACGUGGCCACCCUGAGGUCUAAUCAAGUGCGAGUAGAUUCGCACUUUUCUGCGAGGACUUUGUUUCCUGAUGCCGAG